ACAUCACACCGCUAUCGGCCACCGAUGAAAAGGCUCGAUAGAAGACUGUCGCUCAUUCUGGAGCACAUGCUUAGACUCAGUUCAUGCUCCUGUGCGAGCGCAUAUUUGUCUACGUCUUACUGGAUGUGGGAAAGAUGAUGCAAGGAAACCCCUUAGGGUCCUACUUGAUGAUAGUCAUGCCCAGAGUAUAUUUGAGGAACAACUAGAAAAAGUUGGGCAGCCAUGUAAGCGAUGCCCACCCCGAGGUAGCGUGGAAUGACAUCCGAAAAGCUGUGGUAACAACAGUGAUGUCUGCAAGUACGGUAAACCAUAAAGUUAGGGGGAAACACAGGAUCUCAGCAGCAUCUAUCGCACUGAUAGAUGCUCGAAAACUCAUUCCAUCUGGCUAUGAACAUAACGAAGAGCGGAGUCAGAUUAAGCACAAGCUAAUAAGAAGCCUACGCAGUGAUCGCAAACAGUGGUGGGUAGCGAAAACAAGAGAGAUGGAAAAGGCAGCGGCAAUAGGUAAUUGCAGACAAUUGUUCAGACUCGUUAGGGAAACCGGUAUUAGGAAACCGACUGUUAGCGAAACAGUCUCAGAGAAAGAUGGACAUAUUAUACAUUCUCAAUCCAGGAGAUUGGAUCGAUGGGCAGAAAACUUUAGGGAUCAGUUCAACUGGCCUUCAGCCACACUUCGGUUUCCCACGAUCUCCAGUCAACCUGAAUGGCAAGUUAAUUUAGGUCCUCCAACUCUUUAUGAAGUUGAAAAAGCUAUCCGAAAUCUGAAGCGAUGGAGAGCAGCAGGCCCUGACAGGUUCAUUCCCGAGAUUUUUAAGGAUAGCGUUCCAGUAUUAGCAGUGAGAUUAACUGAGGUCUUAGGUAGAAUUUGGGAAUUGUACGUAAUCCCAUCUGACUGGUCGCAAUCACUGAUCGUCCUAAUAUAUAAGAAAGGAUCGAAAUCAUCCUAUGAUAACCAUAGACGAAUUAGUUUAACUAGUAUAGCAUCUAAAAUACUGGCCUCAAUAAUUAUCGGGCGCCUAAGACUCGUGAACUGCAAACACGUGGAAAUCAGGCUGGCUUCAGAUCUAGUCGUGGCUGUAUCGACCAUGCUUAUCGGCGUCCGACAAUGGUGGUCUUUCUUGACCUAAAAGCAGCAUUUGACUCUGUAGACCGAGAGGUUCUGUGGCAGUGUCUGUCAUUGAAAGAUGUACCUCAGAAGUACACAAACCUUGUAAGGGCUCUGUACUCGAACACUACUAGUCGAGUGAGAGCUUAUGGCGAACUGUCAUCUGAUUUUGCAACUUCAAGUGGUGUCCGUCAAGGCUGUCCACUUUAUCUAUUUUUGUUCAAUUUCGUCAUAGACCUACUUAUGGAAAUAACGUUCUCGUCGACUGAAUUCUCGGAUAUUGAGCUCCUUUCAGGAGGUCCACUUAUCGACUUAGAAUACAUAGAUGACAUAGUCCUGUUUAGUGGAGACACUGAUAAAAUGUGAAGUAUUUUGGUAGCACAGCAAUAAUACCAGAAUAUUUGGGAUGCGUUCCUCCUCCUCUAAAUGGAAGUUGUUGCUUCAAGACUGGUCUGCGUCAACACCUGAACUAAACGUAGGUAGUGAAGUAGUCGAACGCAUCGACGACUUCGCUUAUCUUAGAAGCCUGAUCAGCCCUAAUGGGUUGGUGUCUGGCAAAAUCUCAGUACGGAUUCAAAAAGCUUGUUUGGCUUUUGCCAACUUAUGUUACCUUUGGCGAACGCGAGAUAUCCGUCUUUCAGAUAAAGGAUGAGUAUACUGUGCAGCAGUUCGUUAUGUUCUACUUUACGAUUGGGGAACAUGGCCAUUAAGAGUAGAGGAUACUCGUAAUUUACUAGUAUUUAAUUACAGAUGUCUUAGAAAUAUUGUUCGCAUCUGCUGGGAUCACCGGGUAAGUAAUAGUGAGGUUUGAUGCAGGGUAUUAGGAA